AUGUCCACGACAUUAGGAUCCUUCAUUGCUGGCGGCAUUGCAGCGUGCGGCGCGGUAACGGUUACACACGGGUUCGAGACGGUCAAGAUUCGAUUACAACUACAAGGAGAGCUGCAGGCGAAGAAGGAUGCUCCGCGGUUAUACAGAGGCGUUUUCCACGGCGUUGGCGUCAUUCUGAAGAACGAAGGGCCCAAAGGCUUGUUGCGAGGGUUGUCAUGCGCUUAUGUCUACCAAAUGACCCUCAAUGGCUGCCGGUUAGGCUUCUACGAGCCCACGCGCAAGUUCCUCACCAACGCCAUCUAUAAGGACGACAAGGUCCAAUCAUUCGGAAUCAACCUCUUCUCCGGCGCCUCUUCAGGUAUUCUCGGCGCGGCCGCCGGUUCGCCCUUCUUCCUCGUCAAGACGCGGUUGCAGUCUUACUCGCCCUUUCUUCCUGUCGGAACCCAGCAUCACUACAAGAAUGCUGUCGACGGCAUGAGCCAGAUCUACCGCAGCGAGGGUAUCAAGGGUCUAUACCGCGGAGUAGGGCCUGCGAUGAUCAGGACAGGCUUCGGUAGCUCGGUGCAGCUUCCUACAUACUUUUUCGCAAAGAGGCGGUUGGUCAAGCAUUUCGGAAUGGAGGAGGGCAUGCCGCUGCACAUUGCCAGCAGCACGGCGAGCGGCUUCGUUGUCUGCUGCGUUAUGCACCCUCCGGAUACCGUCAUGUCGCGCAUGUACAAUCAGACGGGCAACCUCUAUAACUCUGCGUUCGAUUGUCUGUACCGAACCGUCAAGACGGAGGGUCUUCUCGCGGUUUACAAGGGCUACUUCGCACAUCUGGCGCGCAUUCUUCCGCACACCAUCUUGACUCUCACACUUGCGGAGCAAACGAACAAGAUGAUGCGCAGAGUCGAAGACAGGGUGCUCUCGCCCGAGUUGAAAGCGAAGUUAUAG